AUGAACAUCCUUGACGAUUCCAUUCUGGGCCCGGUGCUCAGACCAUCACCUCAAUCGGAUUCUACAGAUGCUGAAACUCAAAUUGUUCUUGAAUGGAUGCACCCAGAUACUUUACUUGCACCUCCAUCAGACAAGGUUUUGACAGCCAUAAAAGCUCUCGAAAAGGCAGGCCCGGAGAGCGUGCGCGUGCUGGAGACCCGGUACGUUGACCUCAUGCGAACACAUUUUAUGCAGCACGCUGCUCCGUUACUUCAGCAAUCUCUUGGGUCGCAGUCUUUUGCAGAUCUUGCGUCGGUCAUUGCCGAGUCUCGCAGACACUACCUGUACCCUGUGACCUUUUUCGAUUCUCUUGACGUUGCGUCACACGGAUUUAAUCUCAGCGACCGCCUGGCAAACCAUUUCCGUGCCCUGGUGGGACUCGCAGCUCCUUAUACUGCCGUCCGGCCGUGUCUUGAGAAAUACCUGGACUCGCCAGAAGUCUCGCUUUCAACGCCCUCGGACCAGGUGGUAGGUGCAUUGGCCGCGGUGGCCGAUGCAUACUUACCUGCAGGACGGGUACAGGAUGCAGUGCUUGCUGGGUUUUUGCGGGAUGUGACGCGGGUAGUGGUUGAGCGGUACCGUGGGGAGUGGACGCGAGAGGUACGGCCUGAGCUUGAGGCUUGGGCUAAGCAGACAUUGGCUGCGGUUGCUGGUGUUGGGAUGUUUGGAGCGGACGUUCCAAGUGCAGAAGAUUUGACGAGGAUAGUGGACAAUGUUUUUUUGGACGUGCGGAUUGACGAGUUGUUUGACAUUAUAGUGGAUUUCCCCCAAUCGCGUCCUGCAAUUGUGGACAUUAAGGGAUGUGUGAGAAACAGUCAGCAACGGGCUGCAAUUGUGAACUCGCUGCAACAGAGUUGCUCGCGGCGGUUGCUGCAUGGUGGUGCUAAUACAGUGGACGUUUUGCUUGGGUACAUUUCGAUUAUCCGGAGUUUAUCGUUACUGGAGCCGCGCGGGGUAUUGCUGGACAAGGUUGCGCGGCCAAUUCGGCGGUACUUGAAGGAUCGGGAUGAUACAAUUAAGGAGGUAUUAUCUGGGAUAUUGGGAGAUAAGAAGUCACCGAUUAGGGAACUUUCGAAUGAGUUAGUGAGUUUGGGUGUUUGUAAGGAAAGCGGUCCCGAGGAGGAUGAUUUGAACUGGCAGCCUGAUCCGUUGGAUGCGCCUCCGGAUUUUGGUGGUGGUGGUGGUAAUGGACAGAAUGGGGUGGACAUUAUUGGGAGUUUAAUAUCGAUUUUUGAUAAUAAGGAUGUGAUGGUGAAAGAGUUGAUGAAGCGGUUUGCAGAUACGAUGUUGUUUUCUCAUGAGUUUGAUGAGGAGACAGUAUUGAUGACGAUUGAAUUGCUGAAGCUGAAGUUUGGGGAGGAGGCAUUGGGGAAUCUGGAUGUGAUGAUAAAGGACAUGGCGGAGAGCCGGCGGAUUGAUGGGCUUGUUCAUGGUGGGGGUGGGGGUGUUGCAGAAUAUUUUCAUGCGGAUGUGAUUUCCGGGCUAUACUGGCCUCGGUAUAAUGGGGUGACGUGUGUAGCACCUAAAAAGAUUGAAGAACAAAUGAAGAUGUUUGAGGGGAGUUUUGAGAAGCUGAAGCAAGGCCGGGAACUUGUUUGGCUUGGUAGUUUAGGAAGCGUGACGGUAGAGAUUGAGGUUGAUGGGAGUGUUGUGGAAUAUAUUGUAUCUCCGGAGAAGGCCUGCUUGAUAAGUUUAUUUGAAGAACGUGAACAAUGGACGGUCCAUGAGCUUGUGCAAGCACUGGGGACAGACGAAAGUUGUGUGAAGAGUGCGCUUGUAUUUUGGCAGAAGCGCGGGCUUGUAGCCCAGACUGGAUCUGAUGAAUAUUCGCUUGGAGACAAACGGCGGGCAGUUGUCGAAGAUAUUGGCGAAGCUGCGGCACCACAAGAUCCAAAGGAAGAGCUUCGCGUGUAUACUUCGUAUGUGGUUGGGAUGUUGACCAACCUGGGUGCUGUUCCUGCAGAGCGAAUUCACUCAUUUUUGAAAGUUCUUGUGCCUGCGGAGACUCCAUAUACUCAUACUUUAUCUGAGCUUCAAGGGUUUCUUGAUUUACUUGUUGAAGAGGAGAAACUUGUUGUUGUUGGUGGUGACAAGUAUAAACUUUGUUGA